AUGAAGCCGUUCAAAUCACACUUCGACUUCCAAGAUAUGAACACCGCAGAUCUCGCCAACUGGAAUGGAUGGAUAACCUCUGUGCUAAUUCUCGGAUCGUGUCUCGGGUCGUUGACCUGCGCCCCAUUCAUCGAGAGACUCGGACGUCGAUUCUCCCUGGUUAUCUUUACAAUCCUGUUCGUGGCCUCAGCAGUUCUCAUGACUGCGAAUCCUGGUGGAUCCGGCGGACGGAUUGAGUUCAUUGUCGGGAGGGCUCUGUCAGGCUAUGGGUCCGGUGCCGCCAGUGUCGUCGGCCCCGGGUACAUUGCAGAGAUCGCUCCUCAGAGCAUUCGUGGUGGCUUGACUGCAUUAUAUAACGCCAACACCAUGCUUUCGGUUGGUCUUGCAUAUUGGAUCAACUUUGGCUCCUUGCAACACAUCAGCAGUACGCAAAAUGCUCAGUGGCAGAUGCCUAUGGCUGUUCAAGCCCUUCCCGGAGUCAUCCUUCUGAUUGGCCUCCUUUUCAUGCCUGAGUCUCCAAGGUGGCUCCUGAAUCAUGGAAAGGUCGAAAAGGCGCAAAGCGUACUCGAAACUCUCAGAUCUCUUCCCCGCGACCACCCCUUUGUGCGCCAAGAAUUUGAUCAGAUCCAACGGGGACUGGAAGAUCAACCAGUUGCGCCGGGCCUCAAGGGUUUGUUCCAGGAAAUAUGUUCCGAAAAUAUCCGAAAACGCCUCUUCAUGGUCAUGUUUAUCCAAGUUGGCUUUCAAUUCAGUGGCGGAAACAUUAUUACCUACUACAACACAUCGAUUCUGUCAUCUAUCGGGCUUACGGCGCCUUCUGUCAACUAUCUCUUCUCGGGAAUCUACGGACUCGUCAAGUUCAUCGCAGUGCUUCUUUACUGCCUGUUCUUCAUCGACCGUUUCGGACGACGUAUGGGACUUUUCAUUGGUUCCGGUCUUAUCAUUGGGUCUCUGACGUACAUCACCGUCUAUCUGGCUGUUGCCAACCCAUCAGGAGCCAAUGGUACUGGUCCGGCUGGAUGGGUAGCAGUCGUAUGCAUCUACAUCUUUGCCCUUGGGUAUGCGAUCAGCUGGGGAACUAUUCCGUGGAUCAUCAACGCCGAAGUCUUUCCCACGAAGGUCCGUGGUAGUUGCAUGGCAAUCUGCAUUACCUGGCAAUAUCUUGUCAACUUCGCGCUCUCACGCGCGCAGCCUAACAUGGUGAUUGCCAUGCACUCAUGGGGCCCGUUCCUUCUGUUCACCUUAUUCACCACCAUUUCCACGACAUACUGCUAUUUUGCAUAUCCAGAGACGAAGGGAAUGUCCAUGGAGAAAAUGGAUCAACUUUUCCAGAUGCCCUGGUACAAGGUCGGAAAGUCGAGUCUUGCCAUUGUCAACUCUCAGAAUGCCCAGUCCGGCGGGUCGGAUGAAGAGAAGGUAAUGGUUGUAACGGCGGAAGAUGCACACGAGCAUGAGCACAGCGUGAAGCAGACACAAAAGGAUUAA